UGUGAGACCAAAGAAAAGACAGCCCUGAGUAUCCAAGGUGUCCAACAAGAAGACCCUCCAGAUGCUCAGAUAAUGCAACUGGAUAAUAUGCUGUUAGCAGAGGGGGUUGCUGGUCCAGAGAAGGGUGGAGCCUCUGCAGCAGUGGUGGCCGCAGCCGGAGACUCUGAUGAUGGGAGCUUAGAACAUGUGGACUACAAAGAGAAACUCUCUCAAAUUCGAGAGAUUUACCAUGCAGAACUGGACAAAUAUGAACAGGCUUGCAAUGAAUUCACCAGCCAUGUGAUCAACUUGCUGAGGGAGCAGUCCCGCAUGCGACCCAUCUCAUCCAAAGAGAUUGAGCGAAUGGUUUCAAUCAUCCACCGUAAGUUCAGGGCUAUCCAGAUGUAGUUAAAGCAGAGCACGUGUGAAGCUGUCAUGAUCCUACGUUCCAUGUUCCUGGAUGCAAGACGGAAACGCAGGAAUUUCAGCAAACAGGCAACAGAGAUUUUGAAUGAAUAUUUUUAUUCCCAUCUGGCCAAUCCUUACCCUAAUGAGGAAGUCAAGGAGGAGCUGGCCAAGAAGUGCGGCAUCACUGUUGCUCAGAUAGCCAACUGGUUUGGAAACAAGAGGAUUCGGUAUAAGAAGAAUAUUGCAAAGUUCCAGGAGGAAGCUAACGUUUAUGCUAUGAAGACAGUGACAAGUGUGUCUUCGCUUUCCAGCCAAGCCACCUCUCCAGCUACACCAAACUCAGGAGGAUACCCAGCAAUAUGUACCCCAUCUGAUGGGAGGCUUUGA